AGGUGGUGUGCUCGGGCUGGCUCCGAAAGUCACCGCCGGAGAAGAAGUUACGGAGAUACUGACAGAAAAAGCAAAUGUUCAUCGUGUGGAUUCACAGAAAACAGACCUGAGACUUUAAGAAGAGAUCCAGACCAUUUGCAUGCUGCCAGGCAUACACAGUUGCACCAAGGCGUGCCUGCCACGACCUUGCAGCGCACAAAGAGGAUUUCCUCAAGGCAUGGAAGAAACGCUGGUUCGUCCUGCGCAGCGGUCGGAUGAGCGGUGACCCCGAUGUCCUGGAGUACUACAAAAAUGACCACUCCAAGAAACCUCUGCGUGUCAUCAACCUCAAUUUCUGCGAGCAAGUGGACGCAGGCCUCACCUUCAACAAGAAGGAGCUGCAAGACAGCUACAUCUUCGACAUCAAGACAAGUGACAGGACCUUCUACCUGGUGGCUGAGACGGAGGACGACAUGAACAAAUGGGUUCGCAGCAUCUGCCAGAUCUGUGGCUUCAACCAGUCCGAGGAGAACACAGACACCCUGAGGAGCAUUGCCUCCAUGAACCAUGCCCCGCGCUCCUCCCCAGCAGAGCUCAGCAGUGCCAGCCACCACCUGCUGCGAGAGCGCAAGUCCUCGGCGCCGUCCCACUCCAGCCAGCCCACCCUGUUCACCUUCGACUCACCUGCCAGCCACCUCCAGAGCACCCUGUCUGCCAGUGCUCCCCAGGACUACCUUUUCCUCCACCAGUGUAUGAGCAGAAAGUCAGAAAAUGCAAGGAGUGCCAGCUUCUCCCAAGCCACCAGGUCUGCCUUCUUCAUGCGGAGUGACACGGCGGUCCAGAAGCUGUCGCAGGGCAACGGGCACUGCAUGAACGGCGUUGGUGGGCAGCUGCACGGCUUUUACAGCCUGCCAAAGCCCAGCCGGCACAACUCGGAGUUCAGGGACAGUGCCUAUGACCUCCCGCGCUCCUUUGGCUCCUACACCCACCACAAGUCGAGCCUCACCAGCUCCGAAACUGAUAAUGAGGAGGUCUAUACCUACAAGACUCCCAACAACACCCUAUGCAAGGAGUUUGGGGAGCUCUCCACAGACUCCUAUGACAUCCCUGCCACCCCACUCUCCAUCUACCAGAUCCCCAGGACAUUUACACUGGACAAGAACCACAAUGCUCUGGCUGUGGCCGCCAGCGACUCACCCGCUGCACCGCCCCCACGGCCCCCAAAACCUGGGCAGACAGAGCCACGGUGGGGCAGUCCACCCCAGCGGCCCCAGCCUGGUGAAAAUUUAGGUCUCACCCCCAUGGCAGCCACCAUUCCCCGGAGAAACACACUGCCAGCAGUGGAGAACAGCAGACUGCACCGAGCUUCUUCUUGUGAGACGUAUGAGUACCCCCAGCACGGGGGCGGCAGCGCUGUGCAGUCAGUCGAGUCCAUGAACGAUGGCUACAGCUCCUACCUGCAGGCCAAGGCAGCGGUGGCCCGCUCCCACAGCACCGACUCCGAGGACAACUACGUCCCCAUGAACCCUGGCUCGUCGCCCCUCAUCCACGCCGAGAAAGCCAACGACAAUGCCCAAAAUCUCUACAUCCCCAUGAGCCCUGGGCCGCAUCACUUUGACCUGGUGGGGCUGUCCUCGGCCACCCUUCCCGUGCAUAAAGGAGGAGCCGUGGCUCAGUGCCACCGACGACUGAGUGAAAUCCAGCCCCCACCAGUCAACCGCAACCUCAAACCCGACAGGAAAGCAAAGCCAUCACCGCUGGACCUGAGGAACAACACUGUCAUCGAUGAGCUUCCCUUCAAAUCACCCGUCACAAAAUCCUGGUCCAGGCCAACGCAGUCCUUCAACGCCGGCUCUCUGCAGUACUGUCGCCCUGUCUCCUCCCAGAGCAUCACCAGCACUGACUCGGGAGACAGCGAGGAGAACUACGUGGCCAUGCAAAACCCCAUUUCUGCUUCUCCUGUUCCUAGUGGUACCAACAGCCCAGCGCCUAAAAAGAGUUCGGGGAGUGUGGAUUACCUGGCCCUGGACUUCCAGCCAAGCUCACCAGGGCCACACAGGAAGCCCUCCACGUCGUCGGUCGCCUCAGAUGAGAAGGUUGAUUAUGUGCAAGUGGACAAGGAGAAGACGCAGGCGCUGCAGAGCACCAUGCAGGAGUGGACGGAUGUGCGGCAGUCCUCGGAGCCUGCCAAGAGCACAAAGCAGUAGUGGCUGUGGCAGGCAGCGAAACAGGCAAUGUCCUGUUGGUUUCCCCCAGCUGCGGCCCCGCUGGGCAGCCAGAUCCAUUUGGGCCGGAUUUCUAAGACUUGUCUGUGGAGGGCAGGGGGUGUCAUUGUUUUUUUUUCUCUUAAAACAAAACAAAACUUAAUUUCAGGGGAAGACUUGGCGGAUACUGUUUGCCAGUGUUAAAGACCAACUAUGUUCGGUGGCUAGGUUUGUGCUUUAGCUGCUGGAUGCACUAUCCAGGAACUUUGACUUAGCAAUACCAGGUUUCACCCUCCACAUCUUUUCCUUACAGCUAUUAAAGCCACCUUGUAUGUGCUAACACUGCAUCAUCUCUCCCCGUCUUCUUCCAUAUCCUAAGCCACGCCAUGCAGGUUUGCAGCAUCUCCCAUAGGAUAUCAUUAUCCAGCUCUGAUUCUCCAUUCCUUGUGGUUGUCGUCUUCUCUGCCUCCUCCCAGUCCCAAAACUGAGCAAGGACCAUUGCUUUUGAGAUUACUUUUGUUGUCCUGUCUCUUGUAAAUAAUGUGCUCAGAACUCUGAGGGUGUUCUCCUCCUGGCUGGACAGCCCCCAAGGUUUUGGUUGGGGUUGUUAACCUUCGGGAGCUUGAUGAGCAUCCACACCAUCCCAUUGAGCUGACUUAGGAGCCCAGGACUUGCCCCAUACACACACAUACAUGCCACAAUAUGCUCACAUGAGUUUGUUGGGAUGUCUUCUGUUUAUAUUCUCCAUCAUGUCUCAAAGUCAGUGGGCUGGAGAGAUUGGCUUUGGAAGGGGCUGGAGGGAUUGGCUUUGGAAGGUAGAAUUUAAGCACUGACCCACUGCCUGUCUGAAACCAAUUCCUGGGAAUCUGACCCAAAAUUUGCCUUUUGUGGUACAAAAGAAGCUCAUAGAGUGAGAGUCCUACAUCGUGGCCAUCGUGAGAAGCUCUGUGGUUGAGUAUGAGGGGGGCAGGGAGGCUCUGGAACCCCUGUGUAUGUGCACUGGCAUAAGGAUGAGUGACAAGAAGGGAGUGGAAAGCUGCUGCAAGGACUGGGAGAAGGCAGGUGCUGAACUGCAGAGGUUGGUGCUGGGUGAGGAGGUCGGGUGGAAUGUUUCUUGAAAGAAAGAAGAAGAGCAAUUGAAAUGUUAGUUGAUGGUGAGGUCAUAGCUUGGGAAGAGGUAGGUCAGGAGAGUCAGGGCCAGGCAUUUCAGUGUGAGCUUUAAUGGAGCAUUGUGGUUGGUUUGUGGAGGGUGCAAAAUGCUGUUUUCCCCUCAUCUUCAGCAAUGUUUCCUCAACACAGAAGUGGGGCUUGCUGACAUUAAGGACCCUAGGCUAUAAUUAUGGGUGGGAGUCUGCUAUUGUUCCUUGCCAGCAUCCUUAACACAUCCAGGCUUCGGGAUCGCUCACCAGGCAGCUGCUGAGCAAAGAGAGAAGAGAAAGACAAGACAGUUUAAUGCAGAGAUAAUAAUUCAUGAUCUCAUGAAAACAGGAAGAACUAAUGAUUGCCAUGGAGCAGCCUGAUUGCCAGACAGCAAGCGCUGACACGAAUAAACAGGCUGACCGCAAACCAGGAGCCAAAUGAAGGAGACAUUAGAAAGAUUAGGUAAUAAUAUUUAUUAAAGAGCUGGAGCUAUUCUUUCUGCAAGCUGCACCCCUCCCAGUGCCGUGGGCUCUGUGUUCCAACACCACCAAGUCGUGCUGAUUACUCAUGCUUAAGCAUUAACACAUUUGCUUAAUCUUGGUGUGAGCUUGGAAAGGGCCAGACGUGACCCACAUGGGGAUAGGAUACCAGUCCCUUAAGGGCUGUGUGCUGCUGUGUGCUGGUGAAAUAAGUGUUGAACUUCCAACACCAUUUUGUAUUUUCUUCUUGCACGCCAUGAAAGGGAAGGAUGUUAAUGGAAAGGCUCUGACAACCCUGUUAAGACACUGAAGUGUUGGACAUUUAUAGAAACAAUGAGGCAAAUAUCCUAAUGUUUAUGCUAAAAAUAAUAAUUUCUAAAAGGGGAAAAAACAAAAAGCCCCAAAGGGUAAGAUUUAGCAGAUGCUUUCUGAAGGUCAUGGGGUGUGUUACAGCCUGCAAGGCCUCCUGCUGGGGAUUUGCACACUUGCCUGGUGAGACAAUGAAAUGAAGACUAGAAUGCAGUACUUCUUAUUUCUAUUGCCCCUUUCAUCUCUGCAUCUUGGGGGAACUAAACAUUGGGUCUGAUCCAGAGCCCACUGAGUUGUGCGUUCACUCAUCUGAGAGAGAGCUCCCCAUACCCACCAAAAAGAAUGUCACUCUACUGGGAAGCUGAUUUUUUCCUAUUUCUUCUUCUAAGCUGUUAGCUUUAGUGGCUCAAGAGAGAACACAGUGGGUUUGAUGCAAUUUGCUCAGUGGGUUCCCUGUGCUUCUGCACUGGGACUAGGUGCUUCCAGUGCCCACUCCCAUGUUUAAUCCAAGGUGUUAAUUAAGACUGGAAAAGCCUUUUGUGGUACUGGAGAAACUAGUCCUUUUUCUCUACGUUUCACAGAUGUCUUUGUUCAUUAAGCAACCAUUGGUAUGGGAUAGCUCUUCUCCCAGGCUCAGACACUGUUUUGAUAAUUUGCUCUCAUGAGCAUCCCUAGUAACUGGUCCAUUGCAUUUGGCAGACCAAGGACCAGAGCAGCCCAAAAGCAGCUACUUAACAACCGCUGGUUGCUGGUCCCUCUCUGCUUUGCAGUGAAGUCUGUUUUCACUGGAACAGAUACAUUCCUCUAUCUUUUCCCCUACAAAGCACCAAGCAAACAUCCCCACCAAACUAAGCAGAAGCCCACAGACUCUGUGCCAUAUAAACAUGACUGUAUCAACUCCUCCUGAAAGCAUUAAGUAAUCAAUGGCUUCAGUGGAAAUAGUCACCCAUGACGAUUGCCGAGCUGAUUACAGCAGUCCCUGGUGAUUAAUGUUUGUGCAGUAUUUAGUCUUAAACCAUAUUGAAAAGCAUCUGCUUUAAUUACACAGUCUGCCAAGAACUUUGUCCUGAAGGCAUUGAGUUUAUCACAUCCACUUUAUACUUGGAUUCUCAAGUAUGACAGACUCCUUUGUUAGAACUAGGUAUUUAAGGAAACAGAGAACAUUGCAAAUUAUUCAUUUUAAUUGAAAUUAAACCAGCUUGAGCCUUCACAUCAGAGCCUGCUCUACAACUCUGUGAUUCAAUUUAGAACAGGGAUGUGCUUACAUGUGUGUUUGCUCAUGGAGGAGGGUUGUCUGUGGGACAAGCAUCAUGACCUCAGUAUUUUGUUUUAUGAAGCACCAGGUCCAUGACUCAAAGCUUUCACCAAGCUUGAAAAUAACUAAGCAGGUGGUUUUAAAGGCAAAAGUCUCCAAAAGUGUGUAUUCAUUGUUGUGAGUAUGCAAAUGCUGCUCACCAUUCCUCUGGUGAGAUUUGUGGGCUGCCUUGGAGCUGAUUUGCUCUGAACUGGCAUUUGAGUGUUCAGUGGGAAAUACAUUUCCAGCUCUAAAUGGAUGCAAGGCUUAGGCUUCGUCUCAAGUUGGUGAAAGAAAAUAAUGUGUGAGCGAAGACUGUACCAGGCCAAAGCUGAGAGUCUGGCAGAUAGGGCCAAAUGCAGAGUUGGAACCAAAAGGUAGGGAGGGCUUGCCUUGUGUGGGUGCUAACUGGGAUGAUUUGAACUCUGGGCCACCAGCCACUGGCAAGGGUGAGAUACAGGAGAGCAUGAGGUUGGGACGAGAGAAGGCAGGGGAGUUUGCCAGUAAGGUUUGGGUCUUGGUCUCACCAUGUGCUCCUUUGGCCUGAAUCUCAAGUCAGAUGUGCACAGAUGGUGGGUUUGUGGAAUGCUCUGUAAAAGCCAUGCACUGGUGGGAUGGGAGCUUCCACCAUUCUUGGGCAUUUCACUCCCAAGAGUGAAAUCCUCACUCUCAUCCUGCCGGACAACAUGAUGUCUGUGCUCUGGCAUUCUGGGGUGCUGGGUCCAUUCACCCAGCUCUGAGCUGGGCAGGAGAAACCAUAGAAGAAAUGUGUGGGGACCAGGACGUGCUGGGAGACGCCUUGCUGAGGGGCUCCCAUGAGUUGUUCAUGGGGCAGCAGUGGCAUGGUUUCACAGGGUUGUCCCUUGAGGUGCCGUCUUUAUCCUGGGAGCUUUUCAAGACCCUUUUUCAAGGGUCAACCCCAUAGCUGACCCUGCUUGGAGCAUCUCUUCCACACUGAGACCCUGUGCAACCAGGGUGGAGCGGAGACUCCUCCAUGUGAGAGAAGGGGCCCAAGGGGUUGCUCAGAGCCCUGUAACACCCAAAACAGGGACAGGGCCACUUCUCUGGCCAUGAAGCCAAGUGGCAAGGCGCACAGCUCAACCCCUAAGGCCAUACUCCCUAAUCCACACUGGACUAUCCCUUGCACCUGGGAGAGGUCUGGCUGGCCCAGCCAUCCAGGACGUGGACAUGCAGUUCUAGCAACUGGGAGACAGUUUUAACCUGUACAUUUGUUAGGCUAGAUCCAGAGCUCUCAGCAGCCCCAUGCCCCCUUCACACUCUGGCAUACCAGGAAGAGUUCACUCAUUUUGGUAUCCAAUAAUCAUGGUUCCUUGGGGGGUGGCAAUGGAGGGAGAUGCAGCUAUGUCCAGGUCUUAUGGAAGAUGUUAAAAUAGUUCUCAGGUCCUGUCUGAUCUUUUUGGCAUAGGAGGCAAGUAAAAUGAUGGUUUGCUCAAGUCAUGCUUGCAUUGUGUUGGUGUUUUCCCACCUGGUGAUAUAAAAGUUCCGUUCCGUGUAAAAGCUGACCCCCACACUGUGUUUCCCAUUGGAGGGAUGCUGUCUACAAGAGAUGGAUGCAGCAGAGCUGUGAUUAUGGAGGAGCCCUAGUUCUACAGGAAGGGGGAAGAGCAAAGCCUAACCCUGGCACCAGCCAGAGAACACACAUGGCCA